UUGAUAGUGAAUCAUCCGAGAAAUGGCGACACGCCUCAGAUCGGCUGGUAAGAAAUGUACGGUGAUCGGCGGGUCAGGAUUCUUAGGCCAGCACAUGGUGGAGCAGCUCCUGGUAAAGGGUUACGCGGUCAACGUGUUCGAUAUUCAGAAGAGAUUUGACAAUGACAGAGUGCAGUUCUUCCUGGGAGACCUUUGCGACAAAGAGGCUUUGCUCCCAGCUUUACAAGGUGUGUCAGUGGCAUUUCAUUGUGCAUCACCAGCACCUUCAAGUGACAACAGGGAACUGUUUUAUAAGGUGAAUUUUAUGGGAACCAAAGCAGUCAUUGAAGCCUGCAAAGAAGCUGGAGUGCAGAAACUGGUGUUAACUAGCAGUGCCAGUGUAGUUUUUGAGGGCACAGACAUAAAAAAUGGAUCAGAAGACCUCCCUUAUGCAAAAAAACCUAUUGACUAUUACACAGAGACGAAGAUCCUACAGGAGAAGGAAGUGCUCAGUGCGAAUGACCCAGGCAACAAUUUCUUCACUACUGCUGUUCGUCCCCAUGGAAUAUUUGGUCCUAGAGACCCUCAGCUGGUUCCCAUCCUCAUCCAAGCCGCUAAGAGUGGCAAAAUGAAGUUCAUAAUAGGGGAUGGAAAGAACUUGGUAGAUUUCACCUAUGUGGAAAACGUGGUCCAUGGACACAUCCUAGCUGCAGAAAAUCUUCAGAAAGACUCUCCCCUGUGUGGGAAGGCAUUUCAUAUCACAAAUGAUGAACCAGUUCCUUUCUGGGCUUUCAUGUCCCGUAUCUUGACUGGCUUGAACUACGAUCCUCCCAAGUACCAUAUUCCCUAUUGGCUGGCAUAUUACCUGGCCCUGUUCCUGUCUCUAGUGCUGUGGCUGCUAAGUCCACUGGUCACCAUCAAGCCCACUUUUACCCCUAUGCGGGUAGCAUUAGCUGGAACGUUUCACUACUAUAGCUGUGAACGGGCCAAAAGAGACAUGGGCUACAAACCAGUGGUGAGCUUGGAUGAAGCAAUAGACAGGACGCUGCAGAGCUACCCCCACCUACGCCGGGCUAAGGCCUGAGAAGUCCUAGAUGGAUUUUUUUCUACUUGAUUUUUGUAAUUGCUUUGACAUCUUAACAUGAACACUGAAGCAAGUUUCACUCAUUCUCUGGAACAGGGAGUUUUCCUGAAGUCCCUCCUCCUCCUCACCAUUAUCAAGAAGGCUUUAUCUGGGUUGAAAAAAACUCAUGUAGGAGCUGUUCUAACAGUUCUCUUCUUUGAUGUGACUUCUUGUUUCAAAACAGCUGCUGAACCCUAUGGACUAUGAAUAAACACCCUGCUGUGCCCUCUUCAAUCCCAACCCAGCACAUCAGCAUUCCUUCGUCUUCUCUCUCCACCCUUGUCCUCUGUUUUGUUGCUCUGGUGAUAACAGCCGCCUCUUCUCAUAGGUGCAGACUGGUUAAUGAAAUACUUCUCACGACUGGUUCCUCUCUGUGGUUUGGCUUUUUUCUAUACAAGAGCGAUGAAAGAGAGGCACAUGCCAAAAAGGAGUUCUGCCGCCAUCUCUUAAAUCAUUGAAGCUAACUUUGUCCCUCCAUGAUUGGUGGGUGAUUUGGCUUCUUACUGAGGCAUCAGAAGGAAACCUGAGAAAAGGCAUGCUAGGCCUCUCUUUGUAAGAAAACAUGUGCCUUUGUUUCUGCAGGAGCCUAUUUCUAUUCAAAAAUAACCCAAAUAAAUCAAGAAGAGAUGACUUCCUAAUUUUGUGUUCUAUCUUUGAAAGGACAGAUCCCAUUCUGAACAUCUCAGCAUAAACAGGAUUUUAGUCGUUCCCUUUGUGGGGGAAGAAGUCUUUGCUGUGGCUGUUGUCAGUCAGCACAUACUAUUUUACCAUAGCUCACUUACUUCCCAUAAGAACUACAUUGGCUGGAAGAUCCUACUGCACAAAGCUCUCAUCUUGUCUGACGUUAUUGCUGGUAAUGGUGAUUUUUGUUGCUUUGACCACUUAGUACGUGAAAAAAACUUUUCCACAAGAAAAUGGUUAUCAUAAUACUAUGUUCACCAAGCUGUUUAGUUUGACAUUUAUAUUAAGUGUACUUUACCCUAUAAUCUUUCUAAGUGCUUCAGUUCUGUUUUGUUUUUAAAUGAAGAGUUUAGGUUAGAGUUGGAACUUCCCUCUGUGCCAGUUCCUGGCUCCCCAGGAGUUUUGAUGUUUCAAGUUUCAGAAGUAUGGGAAGUGCCUCACUCAGUGAGCCUUAACCUCAUCUGGGAGCUCAAUAUGCUGCUAGAAUCCUAUAGAAAUUAGUUUUAUUUUAACUUCUGGUUGUUUUCUGGAGAGCUUUAUGUUGGGCUUUUUUUUUUUCUGGAAAUUUUUAUUUGCUGCUUUAACAGCUAGCUAGUUUUACCAACCUUUGCCUUGGUUGAUCUUGAAGUAAAUACUAGCCAGUUGCUUGGGCCAGUUCACACAGUUCUGGUUUGCACUGGUCAGCGAC